AUGGCGGGAUCUCCAGUCUAUUCAAGUACGCCAAAAGGCUCUGCCAAACGAGGUAUCAAGGAGCUAAACUUAGAAACACCACACAUCCCACUGGCUGAAGGUGGUAUCAAGAGAAAGAAGACAGCGACAGUGCCAGAACAGUUGAACCUAUCGAAUCGAUCGUUGCCUGUUGAUCUUGAUUCGAAUGUCAGUUCAUCCCGUCGUUCUGUGCUGAAGAAACUGUGUCAGCCGAAGAAAACAGCAACAGCGCGUCAAGGCACAGAUUUGAUUUAUGUUAACCAUAAGGAUACUCCACAAGCCAGUGAACGUCCUGUCCGUCGUAGACGAGGUGAUGAAGGUGAGCCAUCAGGACAUGCACUACCACCAGCACCAGCACCAGGACCAUCAUCGAAAACACUUAAUUCAGGCCGACAACUACAACAACAGUUGGUGCGAACGGAACAGAAACGGGUCAGUCAUGGGGUGGAUGCUGCACGAAAACAUAAUCCUGAUAAUAAUAAUAAUAAUAAUGAGAAUGAAACGGAACGACGGAAGAAGCGUGCUGCACCGGGUACAAUAGCUUUGCGAGAGAUAGCAGCAUACCAGCGGAGUACAAACCUGCUUAUAAGGAAGCUGCCAUUCGCCCGAUAUAUCCGUUACAUUACAGCGACUUCACUUGGCCCGAGAUAUUUAACGUUUCGCUGGCAAGCGGUAUGCUUUAUGGCGUUACAAGAAGCGGCUGAAGCAUUCCUGGUGAGCUUAUUUGAGUCAGCUCAACGAUGUGCCAUUCACGCUAAACGUGUUACCGUGAUGGCUAAGGAUAUCAGGCUUGUGACAGACUUACAGAACAUUCCAAUUGGCCCAAGUAUUCAACAAUUGCAACAAGUGACAACGAUGAGGACUAAUCGACCAAUGUUGACGGCAGCACCCUGUCCAUCGAAUAAGAAGCACCGGAAUGAUAA